AUGGUUACUGUAAUCACCAAUGCAUUCCCUUCCCACUCCAUUUAUGGCGAGGAGACAGGUUGGCACAAUCGCGAUAAUUCUCUUAUUCCUAAUCACUUUAUCUGGGUUUUGGAUCCCAUUGAUGGAACUUCAAGCUUUGUGGGGAAAGACUCGUCCGCUUUUGGAAUACUAGUUGCUGUAAUCUAUAAUGGAAGACCAAUAAUCGGUUGCAUCGAUCAUCCAAUUUUGAAACUCAGAUGGAUGGGCAUUAGGGGGAGAAGAACCACUGUUAAUAGCGAACAAGUGUCGACAAUGGAUUGUCAUGACAUGGCAAAAGCUUGUGUCCAUCUCAAGGGACCAAACUACAAUGACGAUGCUAAGCAAGGAUAUGAUUGCAUCUCCUCCAGGGUGGCUAAGAAGUUCUUUGAUCGCAACUGUAUUGCUUAUGGUGAAUUGGCCUCUGGAUUCUAUGAUGUUGUCGUCGAUUGUGCUCUAGAUCCCUUUGACUUUCUUGCUCUUAUACCUAUCAUUAAUGGUGCUGGAGGAGUUAUUACGGAUUGGCAAGGUCGUGAACUUCUUUGGAGUCCCUUGCGUAUGAUUCCUGAAGGCGGUUUUAAGAUUGUGGGUGGCAGCUGCUGGAAAGCACAUUCAUCAACAAAUUGUUCGAGCACUGUCCUCUAA